AUGACAGCAGUAGGAAGGAUCAAUCUUCCUACGAUGGUGGGAGGAAGGAUGGUUAUGCAAUAUUUCUCGUUGCUAGAUUGUCGUGCACCCUACAACGCUAUCUUAGGGCGUGAUUGGAUCCAUGCAAUGGAGGCGGUAACUUCCACUGUACACCAGUGCUUGAAGUUCAUUACUCCAGCAGGGGUGAUGAAGCAAUCACAGUGCUUCCCGACCUCUUAUCAAGGAAGAGGAAAGGAAGGACCACCAACUAUUGAGGAGUUGGUGGAAGUGCAAAUUGGGGAUCGGAAGGAGCAGACAACGUUUAUCAGAGCAGAAUUGCCGUUAGGCGAAAGUGAAAUCUUGAUCACCCUUCUGAAAAAUAAUAAAGAUGUCUUCGCUUGGAGUCUCAGGGACAUUCCAGGUAUUGACCCCGACAUCGCAUGCCAUCGGUUGAAUAUCAGUGAAGGAUUUAAACCAGUGAGACAGAAGCCACGAAAAAUGGCUCCGGAACGGAAGGCAAAUGUUGCUGAGGAGAUUGACAGGAUGUUAGAAGCAAGAAUAAUAAGACCUGUCAAGUAUCCAGAAUGGUUAGAAAAUAUUGUAGUAGUUCCGAAGAAAAAUGGGAAAAUUCGGAACGCGGGAGCAACUUAUCAGCGUCUCGUGGAUGAAAUGUUCAAGGAUAUGAUCGGGAAAACCAUGGAAGUUUACAUCGACGAUAUGGUGGUCAAGUCCAAAAAGAAGGAAUCUCACCUUAUGGACUUGAAAAGAACUUUUGAUCGGCUCCGGCAAUAUGGGAUGAAGUUAAAUGCAUCUAAGUGCUCUUUUGGACUCACAUCUGGGAAGUUCCUUGGGUAUAUGAUGACACAAAUAGGAAUUGAAGCCAAUCCAGAACAAAUUAGAGCAAUUUUGGAGAUGUCAUCGCCAAGAAACAAAAAGGAAAUACAAAGGCUUACAGGGAGAUUAGCUGCGUUGAAUAGAUUCAUUUCUUGGUUUUCAGACAAAUGUAAGUCCUUUUUCUUAGCCUUAAAGAAGGUCAAAAAAUUUGAUUGGAAUGAGGAGUGUGAGCGUGCAUUUAAUGAAAUAAAACAGUAUCUAAUCUCACCGCCAGUCCUCACAAGUCCAAAGACUGGCCAGACGGUCUACAUCUAUUUGGCUGCAAGUGAUUAUGUCGUUUGUGCAGUAUUGUUUGUUCGAGAGCCGGAGGAGAGGCCAGUUUAUUUUGUUAGCAAAUCACUAACAGAUGCUGAGACUAGGUACUCAAAAAUAGAGAAAAUGGCAUUAGCUCUUAUGCAUGCCGCAAGGCGUUUAAAGCCAUACUUCGAAGGACGACGACUUGUGGUUUAUACUGAGUACCCGUUAAAGAAAGUAUUAGGGAGAACUGAUGACUCCAGCAGGCUGGCCACAUGGGAUACUUAUCUCGGUGCAUACACCAUUGAUUAUGAGCCAAGAACAGCCGAGAAAGGGCAUGCAAUAACAUCGCUAAUGGCGGACUUCCCAGUAGAUGACAUUCCAGUUUCAGAAUCCAUACUCGAGGAAGAAAUCUUGCAUGAUACGGAAACCUCAAACAACCAAGAUGAAUACGAGGCUGUAAUUUCAGGCUUGAAAACUGCUAUUCACUUGGGGGCGCGGAAGGUUAAGCUAAUAACAGAUUCAAGACUGGUAGAAAACCAUUACAGUGGCACAUAUAAAUCCAGAAAUGAAAGGUUAGCAUCUUACUUGGAAUACAUACAUGAAUUAGCAAAGGAAUUUGAAUUGUUCGAAAUCGAGAAAAAGCCAAAGCUAGAAAAUAGGCAUGCAGACGCUCUUGCUUACGUGUCGGCAGUCGUUGUAUCCGACACGACACGGUAUAUUGUAGUCGAAUUCCAAGAACUUCCCAGCACUCACAGCACCAUCGACGCUGCACGCAAAGUUUACGCCGGUGAGAAUAAUUCUUCCUCACUCGAAAUCCCUGAAGAUUCUAUGGAUACCGAUGAAGUAGAUAACAUCCAACCUGAAGAUUGGCGUCAACCAUACAUUCAUUUCCUGAAAACGCAAGAGCUUCCACAGGAUAAGAAUCAAGCCGGGAAGAUAACAAGAACUGCUAGGAGAUAUGCUCUUAUUGAGGGAGAGCUAUACAAGAAACCGAUGUCGAUGGAACCGUACCUGCGAUGUGUAACUCGAGAGUUAGGGAAACAAUUGCUAGCAGAAGCACAUGAAGGGUGCUGCGGAAAUCAUUCUGGAGGAAGAAGUCUGGCGCAUCGGUUGCUGUUUCAAGGAUAUUUUUGGCCUUACAUGCAAAAUGACGCGAAGGAAUAUACCAAAAGGUUCGGCGUGCCAGCAAUGAUCGUUUCCGAUAACGGGAAGCAGUUUGAUUGUGAGUCGAUAAAAUCAUUGUGUGAAGGGCUGCAUAUUAAACACAAUUUCUCUACCCCAUACUAUGCACAAAGCAAUGAACAGGCCGAGGCGACUGAUAGGGUUAUCUUGGAUAACCUAAAGAAGACCUUGGACAAAGCCAAGGGAAGAUGGACGUAA